GACUCGGUACCUUAGCAACACCGGGCAACAAGGACGCAGGCCUAGAAUAUCAACAACCAAACACGCUCAGAACUUAGUGUGUGCCUCUGCCAGUUCGAAGGCAGUAAUUUGAUGAUGGAAGGCUUACCAUUUCUUCCCGGAAACUCCUUUAAUGACCCAACUAGGGGCAAGUAUCACAGACCACACUCACUGGGAUACAAGAAUGGCUACGCCAUCCAGAAGCGUCCAGAAGUUGGGAUUGGUGGUGAGACUAUUUUGCACAAUCAGCUGAAUGAGGCAGAGCUGGAUGAACUGGCCAACUUCAACCCCACUCUCACCUAUGGUCAAGCAAAGCAAGCACCUCCAGAAGAUUUUGUGCCCGGACAUGUGGCUUGGGAUAAAAAGGUGUUGCGGUUCAAUGGCUACUUCAAGCAGACAGUGAAUGAAUCGCCUGAUGAGUUCUACCGUGUCCGUCCUGUGGAUAUCUACUACUAUCUGGAGGAUGACAGUAUCGCAGUGGUCGAGCCUCAUGUGGAGAACAGUGGGAUGCCACAAGGGAAGCUGAUCAAGCGCCAGCGUCUCCCGAAGAAUGACCAGGGGGAUCACUGGCACUGGAAGGAUAUCAACAUGGGCCAGAACAUCACCUUCUAUGGCAAGGUGUUCCAUGUUGUCACUUGCGAUGGCUUCACAAAGAACUUCCUGGAGAGUGAAGGUAUGAUAGUGAAUGAGUCCUCUCAGAUGCCAACCGAUCCCUACAUUGAAAGAAGGAAGCACGCAGCGGCACUGCGCACCUACCAGGCCCCGAGCUCGUUCGACAAGACCCGACAGUUCCUGGAACUUGACAGAAAGGUCCUGAGGUUCUACUGUGCCUGGGAUGACAGGGACAGUAUGUUUGGAGAGAUGAGGCCAUUCCUUUUACACUACUACUUGGUUGAUGACACUCUGGAAGUACGGGAAAUGCACUCCCCCAAUGAUGGCCGUGAUCCAUUCCCAGUUCUGAUUGGCCGUCACAAGGUCCCCAAGGACCGCUACUCUGCUCCCUCGUCUUUCCCAGCAGUUGUCAUGGAGCUGUCAGACCAUGAGGUCAAGAACUAUUUCACACCAAAGGACUUUACAAUUGGAAAAACCGUAUCAAUCUAUGGACGUCGCUUCAUUUUGUAUGACUGUGACAACUUCACAAAAGCUUUCUAUUAUCACAAUUUUGGACUAACAGAUUUCAACACGGUUGAUGUCAAGGGCCUGACAAAGAAUCUUCCUAAAAUGGAGAUUCCACCAUACAACAAUUUUGGGUCAAUGGAGGACUCCCUCCAGUCCUGCCUGUCACUGGUGCCUCAGCCACCCAAGAAAGACUUCAUCAAGAUGCUGGAAAAUGAUCACAAAGUCCUCAGAUUUGAAGCCAUCAUGGAUUCCGUCAGGCCAGAGGACACAGGUCGCCGGUUCAUCUUGGCUUACCGUCUUGCUGAUGACAUGAUGACCAUCUAUGAAUCUCCUGUCAGAAACUCCGGCAUCAUUGGUGGCAAGUUCUUGGAACGGACACGCGUUGCCAAGCCUGGAACUACUCCUGAGAAACCCGAAUUCUAUGGGCCUCAGGAUUUCCACAUUGGAGCAGUUGUUGAAGUCUUCAAACACAGGUUCAUCAUCGUCGGCGCCGAUGCCUAUGUGCUUCACUACAUGCAGGAACACAGUGGCCAGUUUCCAGAGCAAACCAUCCAGUCUCUGCGUGAGGCUCUGGGCAGAUCACAGGCACAGAAAGAAGUUGUGAAGGGCGGACUCAUGAAAGUAAAGAGAGCGGAAGGCGACCUUGAGAAUCUUGUCCGACAGGUUCGUGCCCAGCUGAAGAAGAUUGCCAUCACUGACAAGAGCCGUGUGGAUGAGAUGUUCCUCAGAUACGACUCAGACCGCACUGGCUACAUCGACUGUAACAACAUGCGAGAUCUCUGUCGCAGACUCCAACUCCCUGUAGAUGAUGAUGUCAUUGAAGCACUCGUCAGCCAGUGCUCUGUUGAUGGUCAAGGGAGAAUCAGUCUGGAAGAUUUCCGCAGAUUUGUUGAGAGCUCAUAAAUCACCAUAGUCCUAGUGUAUAUUGUUUGAAAUUGUAAAUACCAGGUGAAGACUUCUACUGUACAGAAAAUAUUCUGAAUAUAUCAACAUUGAAAUAUGAACACUUGUCAGUAUCUAAUGUUUUUCCCCAAACAUUUUCAGUUGAAGUAAAACUUAACUUGAAUUUCAUGGUAAUGAACACAAAGACCCGAGGGUCAUGUUUUAAGCAUGACAUUGAAAGCAAGAAUGUUAUUUUUUAACCAUGACAAUGAACACAAAAAUGAUGUCAUGUUUUUGAGCAGUCAUAUUUUCCAAGCAACUGAAGUAUCCAGUCUCUAUCACAAUUAUCCUUCUUUCCUUGAAUGUUUGUGUUUUGUCAUCUUUGUACUGAUUUUAAGACAUUUUGCCCAUUUUACAUUAACUAGAAACCAUUCAUCACAGUUGGCACAUGAACUCUAGAAGAUAAUUUCACAUAUAUACAGAAGGUUGAGACUGCUGAUACAAAUGCCAGUUUUAUUUUAUACAUUUUAGUUGUCAGCUCUGAAAGUCAAAGAAACUGUUGUAUUGUUAUUUUAUCCUGACUUUUUACUUGUACACCUAUGCAUGGCCACAUGUUUGCUUAUUGUAACAUACAACUACAUUCUGUGAUAUAGCAAUGUUGCUGGAAUAAAACAUUUAUAUACACAUUCAAA